CCGCCGCGACCCCCGGAGCCCCCCCGGGCCCCCCGAGCCCUCGGGGCCGUGCGGGGCCCCCCCGCCCCCCCACCGGCGACACGAUGGUGACGAUCCUGAGCACGGUGGAGGCGCAGGCUCCCAGCGCCGCGGGGCCCUCGGGCUGCGGCCCCGUCCCCGUCCCCGUGCCCGUGCCCGUGGUGGCCGUGCCGGGCCCGGGGGUGGCGGCGGCGCUGCCCAACGGGGCCCCCCCGGGUCCCCCCCCCGUGGCCGACGACAGCAAAACGAACCUGAUCGUGAAUUACCUGCCCCAGUCCAUGAGCCAGGAGGAGCUCAGGAGCCUCUUCGGCAGCCUCGGAGACAUCGAGUCCUGCAAGCUCGUCAGGGACAAGGUCACCGGGCAAAGCCUGGGCUACGGCUUCGUCAACUACGUGGAGGCCGGCGACGCCGACAGGGCCAUCGGGGCCCUCAACGGGCUCAAGCUGCAGACCAAGACCAUCAAGGUGUCCUACGCCCGGCCCAGCUCGGCGUCCAUCCGCGACGCCAACCUGUACGUGAGCGGGCUGCCCAAGGCCAUGGGGCAGAAGGAGAUGGAGCAGCUCUUCUCGCAGUACGGCCGCAUCAUCACCUCCCGCAUCCUCGUGGACCAGGUCACGGGUGUGUCCCGGGGCGUGGGCUUCAUCCGCUUCGACAAGCGCGUGGAGGCCGAGGAGGCCGUGCGGGGCCUGCACGGGCAGAAGCCGCUCGGCGCGGCCGAGCCCAUCACGGUCAAGUUCGCCAACAGCCCCGGGCAGAAAUCGGGGGGGGCCCUGCUGAGCCUGUGCCCCGGGGCCCGGCGCUACGGGGCCCUGCACCCCCCCCCGCAGCGCUUCCGCCUGGACAAUUUGCUGAACGUGGCCUAUGGGGUGAAGAGCCCGCUGUCGCUGCUGCCCAGGUUCUCCCCGCUGGCCAUCGAGGCGGUGCCGGCGCUGGCCGGGGUGGGCCUGGGCACGCCGGGGCCGGGCUGGUGCAUCUUCGUCUACAACCUGGCGCCCGAGGCGGACGAGAGCGUCCUGUGGCAGCUCUUCGGGCCCUUCGGCGCCGUCACCAACGUCAAGGUGAUCCGCGACUUCGCCACCAACAAGUGCAAGGGCUUCGGCUUCGUCACCAUGACCAACUACGAGGAGGCGGCCAUGGCCAUCGCCAGCCUCAACGGCUACCGCCUGGGCGAGCGCGUGCUGCAGGUGUCCUUCAAGACCACCAAGCAGCACAAGGCCUGAGGGACCUUGGGGACCUUCAGGGACCUUGAGGGACCCCCAUGAGCACCAUGGAGGAACUCAGCUGGAGACCUUGGGGACCUUCAGGGACCUUCAGGGACCCCCAUGGACACCAUGGAGACCAUGGAGAAACCCAAAUGGAGACCUUGGGGGUCGUCAGGGACACCAUGGAGACCACGGAGAAACCCAACUGGAGACCUCGGGGACCUUCAGGGACCUUCAGCGACCCCCAUGAGCACCAUGGAGACCACGGAGAAACUCAUCUGGAGACCUCGGGGACCUUCAGGGACCCCCAUGGGCACCAUGGAGACCAUGGAGAAACCCAGCUGGAGACCUUGUGGACCUUGAGGGACCUUCGGGGACCCCCAUGGAGAUCAUGGAGAAACCCACAUGAAGACCUGGAGACCUCAGUGUCCCCCCCAUAGACACCAUGGAGAAACCCACCAUGGAGACCUCGGGGACCUUCAGGGCCCCCCAUGAGCACCAAACACAUCCUGGAGACCUCAGGGUCCACCCAUGAGCGCCAUGGAGACCACGGAGAAACCCAAUUCAGGUCCUGGGCACCCCCUUCCAUGGACACCAAGGACAUCCUGGGUCUCCAGGAGAUGGAGAAACGCACCUGGAGACCUUGGAGAGCACGGGGGGACGCCCCCAUGAGCGCCACAGACACCAUGGAGACCCCCGAGAGCCCCUCCAUGGCCACUGAGGACAGCGUGGGGACACCUGAGGCACAGCCCGGACACCUGGACACCCUCACCUGUCCCCGACGGGCGCCCUGAGGCCUCCUCCAGGUGCUGCAGGGCACUGGGAGGGGCCCUGGAGAGCCCCCCCAGGACACUGUGGACACACCUGGGACCCCCCCCGGGUACCCCGACCCCACCACUCCGGCAGUGGCCGGACCACCUGGAGCGGUGCCCCCCCCUCACCUGAUCCAGGUGUGUCCAGGUGGGGGCUGUGCCCCCCCCUUCCCUCCACUCCAGGACUCCAGCAAGGGGGAAGGGGGGCGGGGGGGGCGUCUUCCCGCUCUCUCCUUCUUUCCAUGUUUUUCCUUCAUUUUCUGGGGGAGGGGGAGGAAUUUUUGGGGAGGAAGAGCAAAAAGUAAGGAUUAAUCAGGUGUUUCAUUAGACCUGUUACCCGUUAUCAGGUAAGGAGGAGCGUGGCUGGCGCAGGGAGCGGCGACUCCUCGGCAGCCGCCGGCCCAAAUCCAUCUAUUUUUAUAGCAGAAUAUUAAGAAAUAUCCCCCAAAAUCCCCAAAAUCGCCUUUUCCAGAGGGGUUUGAGAACCUGCUUUGUGCUCCCCGAGUUCCUUGGAAGCAGCUUUGUGAACCCCAAGAGAGAUCAAGGCAAGUUUUGGGGGGCCAGUGGCACUGAAAUGCCAGGGAUUGCUCUGGUACCCCCGAAACUGGGAGGGAGGGGAAUGUGUCUUGUCACACUUCCCCCUCCUCCCUUCCCAAAUUCUCCAAAACGGGCCAUUUUUGCCCCAAAUUACUCCACUUGCUGGAGUUUGGAGCCUCCUUGUCCAAAAAAAAAAAAUAAAGGGCGGAACCCCACCUGAAAAGCCCCAACCCUGAGUUCCCCCAUACUCCUUAUCAUUGUUAUUAUUCUUAAUUAUUCUUCUUAUUAAUUAUUAUUGAUGUUAUUAUUAUUAUUAUUAUUAUUAUUAUUAUUAUUAUUAUUAUUAUUAUUAUUAUUAUUAUUAUUAUUGCGAUUCUUAUUUAUUUUCCCUUCGCCGUCGGGAUAAUUUCUCACUUUUCAGUGGUUUAGUUCCCAUUUAUUUCCUAUUCUUCCCUGGUUUUUCCCUGAUCCUGGCACUCCCCGGGACCCUCUUUUUUCUCCCCACACCCUUCCCCAAACCCACCCCGGCUCCUGGUUUUUUUGUGUCGUGCCUGUGUGAAGCUUCUUGUAGUUUUAAUUAUUAUUAAUAUAAAUAUUUAGGAGCGACCCCCGUUGUCCAGAUCCGCCAUCACCACCCCCCCUCCCCAAACUCUGACCCCUCCAUCCCCUCUUCCAGGGAUCCAGCCCUGGAAUUUGGGGAGGGGGGCCAGGGGACCCCCAAUUCAGUAGCAAUAAGGGGUCCCCACCUCAGCCCCGGCCCAUUUUUGGGGGGCCCAACGCGGGGACAAAAGGUGCCCAGGGACCCCCUUGUGGCACUGCGGGACCCCUCGGAGGGGACCGGGACCCCCCCGGCCCCCACCCCUGGACUCGACUCUUUGUAUUUUUCAUGGAAAAAAAAAUCAAUAAAAAAAUUUAAAAGGCAGAA